AUGGUCGAGAUGACUGAACCAAACCGAGGUAUGAUUGCACCUGCAUUUAUGCCUCAGAAUUUGCUGGGCAAAGACUUUGAAUUUAAAAAAAAUUAUAUGGCUCAAAACAACAACGAGUUAUCCGUAGAACUGAAUGAUUACCGGGUUUCCGAAGUCCGAUUAUUAAAAGAAAUGGAGAAGUUUGGUGAAAAUGCUUCUGAUAACCUAAUAAUUUGCGGAGAUAGUUUAAAUUCUCUAACUGAUUUAAGUAAAAUUCCGGAAUAUCAGCAAAAUCGUGAACAACCAAAAAAGUGUUUGGAGUGUAAGAAAUACAUAUGGAAUAACUCGACUAGUUAUAAUUUUAUGUGUUCUGAUUGUCAAGAUAUCAAAAUUACUGAAAUAAUUCAGUCGGCAGAAGAAGAAAUGUUAGUUGAUAAGGAACCAAUAAAUCGUCGAUUAGGCUAUAAGAUUUUUACUCUAAAAAAUGAAAAUGAGUAUUUAAAGCAAGAUCUAAACAAAAGAAAAAACAAGUUUUCUACUUUACUGCAUAAAGAAAUUAGGAGAAAAUAUUUUGAGUGUUGUUCUAUUUUAAAUUAUUUAGAAAAAAGUAUGGUUGCGAUUAGUAAUCAUCAACAAAGGAAUGGCGUGUCUCUAGUCUUCUUAAAUCAAAUGGAGACUUAUUCUCCCCAAACCAAUCCACCAACUAGUGCUUUUUGCCAAGAAUGCAGACAUUACCUAGAGGAAAAAUAUGAUUUGAUAUUGUAUUAUCAUCUUACUGAUAACAGAAGUAAAGAGUGA